AUCUGAUACUUCACACUGACAGGAAGAUUUUUGAGUCUGAGCAGAGAAGUGUCUUCUGGACCGAACUCUGGAUGAAAUGAAGCUUGAACAGAAAAACUGGGAAGAUAGGAAAAAUGACUUCUGCCCGCUGGAUCUGGGCUUGUUUCAGGCGCUGGAGAGAGAAAGGGUCUUGGAGGUCCUUCAGAGAGACAAAGCACUACGAACCAUCGAUGCAGACAGAGUCAGGAGGCUCAGAGUAGAACUUCACGGACUCUGUCGGCAGACCUCGAGGAUCAUUACUCGUCCAUUCGGUCAGCGGUCGUGUGCUCGGUGUCAGCGUGUCCUGGGGAAGUUCUGGGACUGUGGCUCCGUGUGCUGUGGAUGCAGUCACCGCAUCUGCAGCCGCUGUCGGGUCGUCCGCUCUGCACACGAAUGGAAGUGCACGGUGUGUCACGCAUACAGGGAAUUUAAGAUCAAAUCUGGCGAAUGGUUUCUGGAACAGCAAGCGAAGAAAUAUCCGGGUGUCAAAGAAAACAGCGAAACCACAGGAGACAAGAUGUUAGAGUCUUAUCAGCGGCUCAGCUUCAUCGCAGUCGUGCCUCCAACUCCUCCUCCAUUUUACAAUCCACCAUCAUUUAACAGAUUAGAGGAACACAAAAAGCCUUUCACGAAGUCGGUGGAGAACCUGGUGGCAUCAGUCAGUGCUCACAUUAAAAAACUGUCCAAAUCUCAGAAUGAUUUGAGCGAUGCGGCCGGUCAGCUGACGGUGGAUCACGGGCACAUGAUGUACUCGCGGCGUAAGAGUCUGUCAGACGGCGCCAUCAGAAAAGCUCUGUGCAAAGUUCCGAGUUUACCAAUUCUGUCCACAGCGCAAUCCACUUCAACAAGCACACUUUGCUUGACAGAUGAUGAUGUUUCAUACACAUCCGCAUACAGCGAUGAUCAGCGGGACAGCAACAGCAGCACUGGGAUGGACUCUGCGCUGUUUGAAAACACUAAUAGUGUGACUGGAGAAAUCGAGGCAGUUUUGGCCUACAACAACAGGACGUCCUGUUUGGAGAUUACGAUCAAAGCCUGCAGAAAUUUGAUGUUCAGAGAUACGAAGAAGAAAUGUCAUCCGUAUGUGAAGGUCUGUUUGCUUCCAAAGAAAUGUCACAAUUUUAAGAUGAAGACAGCAGUGAGGAGAGGGAAUAACCCGGUUUACAACGAAACCUUUACAUGUGUGUUGUCUGCUGAUCUGCUGUCCAGCGCUGUGCUCCAGCUCUCCGUCUGGCACAGUCGAGGACUCAAGCGGAGACUGUUUCUGGGAGAGACGCUCGUCCGGCUGGCAGACGUGGAUCUGGAGGACACAGACUCUCAGCGCCCGCUCUGCUGCACACUCAAUCCAAAGGCUCCUCCGCUGGGUGGAGACGCGGAGCUGCAGUUCACCUCAGUGCUGCUGCCGAUCCAGGCUCAGUUCCACAUUCUGCCGCACAACAACACACAGACACACGGUGUUUUAUUAGGAGCUCCAGGCCAGCUCACGGUUCUCCUCACAGAUGUGUCCAAGCUGCUCUCCGUGUCUAAAACCGCUCACAUCGAGGGAAUCCUUUGCCUUCCAGGAAACAAAGAUUUGGUGCGGAAAACUCCAGCAUUGAAGAAAACUGAAGGCGGUAUCCGAAUGAGCUUCAGCAGUCUGAGCCGACAGGAGCUCCAGCAGGCCACACUCACACUCAACCUGUGGGAGAAAAGCUGCUUGCUCGCAUCAGCACGGCUGGACAAAGAAUCCUCAUGGCAGCAUCUCCAGCGGAUGCCAGGAGUUUGGCAGGACUUCAGUCUUCAGCUUCAAGCAAACGUGAGGUCGUGAUGAAGAGCAAAAUCCUUUCCUUCAACCUACAGACCCUGACUGCAUUCCAGUUGUUUUUCAUGCUCUUUACAUGCUAACUUCCCUAGCUCUCCAAUGUACUCCAUUGAUUACAUCACACAAGUGUCAUUGCUGGCAGAACAUCUGAACGGGUUUAAAUGGAACGCCCAUAACCCUUGAGCACUCGGGAACUACACACUUGUGACGUCACAAUUGUAUUAUAUAGGUCAGGGGUGUCCAAACUCGGUCCUGGAGGGCCGGUGUCUUGCUGAGUUUAGCUCCAACUUGCUUCGACACACCUGCCAGGAGGUUUCUAGUAUAUCUAGCAGGAGCUUGAUUAGCUGGUUCAGGUGUGUUUGAUUAGGGAGCUAAACUCUCCAAGACACUGGCCCUCCAGGACCCAGAGUGGACACCCCUGGUACAGGUGCUAGAAUAGACAUAUGAAGCCACCUCACUCCUUUAAUCAAAAUCAAGGGAUCAAGGGCAUGUCCAUGUAAGCUUCCCUCGUACACUUGAUGAAGUGGAAUGUACUUUAAAAUGGCAUUGGGGAUUUCCCUAUGGCAGGGGUCACCAAACUUGUUCCUGGAGGGCCGGUGUCCUGCAGAUUUUAGCUCCAACCCUAAUCAAACACACCUGAACAAGCUAAUUAAGGUCUUACUAGGUAUUCUUGAAACAAUCAAGCAGGUGUGUUGAGGCAAGUUGGAGCUAAACCCUGCAGGGACACCGGCCCUCCAGGACCAUGAUAGGUGAUCCCUGCCCUAAGGCAUGGGUCUCAAACUAGAUUCCUGAAAGGGCUGCAGCUUUGCACAGUUUUGCUCCAACCCUAAUCAUUCAUUUUCUUUUCGGCUUAGUCCCUUUAUUAAUCUGGGGUCACCACAGCGCAAUGAACCGCCAACCGGAUGCCCUUCCAGCUGCAAUCCAUCACUGGGAAACACCCAUACACUAAAAUACAGCUAAAAUCUGCAGAGCUGUAGCACUCCAGGAACUGAGUUUGAGACCGCUGCCCUAAGGGAACAAGUGAAGGGAAGUUAGCAAGUGUGUCUAAAAGUGGACAAACAGGACGUCAUCGGUUCAUCACUUAUUAUUUAACGAAUAUUGUUUCAUAAAUUUGUAUUAUUUAAUCAUCUAAACAGAGUAUCUGCCAUCAUAUUA